AUGUGCAAUGUGCUAACAUUACCUCCUCAAAGUAUACUCCUAUUUGUCCAGUCGAUGGUACGAGUCUGGUCUGAUAUUAGAAAUGAAAUAAAUCUAGUAUGCACCGAACCAACCGUUCUAGUAAUUGGAGGAAUCUCAUUAUGUCGGGAAGUUCUUGGAUUUCUUCGCGGUCGUAGCAUGGGUAUUCUAUGUCAACGUUGUGUACGUGCCGGAACUGGAGGUGGUGGAAUAAUGUCCAAACCUGGAAAUAUAGCAGCAUCAGGUGCUGAUGGUAAUCCCCCUCCAUUUGGUUGA